AUGGGACCUCCGUGUGCCCUGUGGGUGCUGCUCGCGCUGCUGGAGGCCCUGACGGGGGUGACCCCACCGCGCAAGUACUGGCCGACCACCGUCCAGAUCAUGCAGGGCUUCAAGGUGGACAAGUUUCAGGGGGAGUGGUUCGUGCUGGGCCUGGCGGGCAGCACCCACAGCAAGGCGGACAGGUUGCUGCUGAGCCCGUUCACAGCAACGUUCGAGCAAAACAAAAAGCAGCAGCUUGAGGUGACCUAUGCCAUGAUGCGGGGCCAGCGCUGUGUCACCUGGUCGUAUGUGCUGAUUCCCACGACCGAGCCUGGCAGAUUCUCCGUGGAGAACAGCAGGGAGCUCGGGACCGACACCGAGGAGAUGUGGGUGCACGACACGGACUACAGCACCUUCGCCCUGAUGAGCUCCCGCAGGCGGUCGGCCCAAGGGAGCAUCCUCAGGGUGCACCUGCUGUUCCGAUUGUGGGCGAUUCAGACUGAGAUGCUGGAAAAAUUCCUCUGCGUCCUCAAAGCCCAGGGCCUGUCGGAGGUCAACAUCGUCUUCCCAGACAUUCCAGACUGGGCGCCCUAUCGGAGACCCUGCUGA